ACGCGCGCUUCUCUCCUGUUUAUCGCCCCCUAAACGUUUUUCCCGUGAUGCUCCGCGCGGUCGAUCGGCAAGAUGGCGGACGCUCUGGACGAAUUUAAGAAAGAAACUGGAUGCGUCCCGAUCCUCCAUCCCGAGGAAAUUAAACCCCAGAGUCACUAUAACCAUGACUACAGCGAGAGCGUCAGCCGCAAGAGCCACGUGGACGACUACAGCACUUGGGACAUCGUCAAAGCCACCCAGUACGGGAUCUUCGAGCGAUGCCGUGAGCUGGUGGAGGCCGGAUAUGACGUGCGUCAGCCGGAUAAAGAAAAUGUCACACUCCUGCACUGGGCGGCAAUCAACAACCGCAUAGACCUGGUGAAGUACUACAUAUCUAAAGGUGCCAUAGUGGACCAGCUGGGAGGAGAUCUCAACUCUACACCGCUUCACUGGGCUACAAGACAGGGUCAUCUCUCAAUGGUGGUGCAGUUAAUGAAGUACGGCGCUGAUCCGUCUCUCAUCGACGGCGAGGGAUGCAGUUGUGUGCACUUGGCCACUCAGUUUGGACACACCUCCAUUGUGGCGUAUCUCAUUGCCAAAGGACAGGAUGUGGAUAUGAUGGAUCAGAAUGGCAUGACCCCUCUGAUGUGGGCGGCUUAUCGGAUGCACAGUGUUGACCCGACACGGCUGUUGCUGACAUUUAACGUGUCGGUGAAUCUGGGUGAUAAGUAUCAUAAGAAUACAGCUCUGCACUGGGCGGUUCUGGCUGGAAACACUACCGUCAUCAGCCUGCUGUUGGAGGCCAACGCUAAUGUCGACGCACAGAACAUCAAGGGGGAGACGCCACUGGAUUUGGCCAAACAGAGGAAAAAUGUGUGGAUGAUAAAUCAUCUGCAGGAGGCCAGACAAGCCAAAGGCUACGACAGUCCCUCGUACCUAAAGCGGCUCAAAAUGGACAAGGAGUUCAGGCAGAAGGUGAUGUUGGGAACUCCCUUCCUGGUGAUCUGGCUGGUGGGAUUCAUCGCUGAUCUGGACAUCGACUCCUGGCUCAUCAAGGGUGUGAUGUAUGCGGCGGUGUGGCUCGUGGUGCAGUUUCUGUCCGAGUCAUUCUUUGAUCACUCCAUGCACAGUGCUCUUCCUCUGGGCAUCUACCUAGCCACUAAAUUCUGGAUGUACAUCACCUGGUUUUAUUGGUUCUGGAAUGAUCUCCCUUUCGUCACCAUCCACCUGCCCUUCCUGCUCAACAGUCUGGCUCUCUUCUACAACUUUGGCAAGUCCUGGAAGUCCGACCCCGGUAUCAUCAAAGCGUCCGAGGAGCAGAAGAAAAAGACUAUAGUUGAGCUGGCAGAAACGGGCUGUCUGGAUCUCAGCAUAUUCUGCAGCACCUGUUUGAUACGGAAGCCAAUCAGAUCGAAACACUGCGCCGUUUGCAAUCGAUGCAUCGCCAAGUUUGAUCACCACUGCCCGUGGGUCGGCAACUGCGUGGGAAGUGGAAACCACCGUUACUUCAUGGGCUACUUGUUCUUCCUGUUGUGUAUGAUUUGUUGGAUGAUAUACGGAUGCAUUUGCUACUGGAGGAUUCACUGUGCUACCAGCUACACUAAAGACGGCUUUUGGAUCUACAUCACCCAGAUCGCCACCUGCUCGCCGUGGAUGUUCUGGAUGUUCCUCAACAGCGUGUUUCACUUCAUGUGGGUCGCCGUGCUCAUCAUGUGCCAGCUGUACCAGAUCGCUGUUCUGGGCAUCACUACAAACGAGCGCAUGAACGCCAGAAGAUACAAGCACUUUAAAGUUACAGCCACGUCCAUUGAGAGCCCUUUCAAUCACGGCUGCAUGAGGAACCUCAUAGAUUUCUUCGAGCUGCGCUGCUGCGGUCUGCUGCGGCCCGUGGCGGUGGACUGGACCUCGCAGUACACAAUAGAGUACGACCAGACGUCCGGCUCAGGAUACCAGCUGGUGUAGCCACGGAGCGAGAGGGAGAAGAGGGGAAGUGCUGCUCAAACCGGGACCAUCUCCUUCACCGAGACUGCAAACCUCACCCAGUCAGGAUAAUAACGCAUGCUGUCAUUGGUUACCGUCACCAACUCCACCCGCCCACUGCACCCGAGACGCAGGGACACGAGGAACAGGAAGAGGAGGAGUUCAGUGCCAUCAGAGGCGGAUCCUGGAUUGGUCAGCAGAGACGUUUUGUGUUUCGUUUCGCACAUCGGCUGCUUUUCGUUUUUUCACCUUGGUUUUCUUCCUGUGACCCCUUUCUUGUUACGAUAUCGGAUCUCCGCCGCGGAACUUCGCGUAGGAACGAGCGUUAGCAUAGCAAAAGCGUUUGCGGGAUCGUUCUGGACUAAAUUAGACUUUUAUUGUUGUUCGUUCGUCCUCGCGUCGCGUCGCGUCAAACUUUCGUGAUUUGACUUUCUCAAGUGGAACGCAAAAGGAGAUAUUUAGAAGAAAGUUCAGGCUGCUUUUUUCCGUGCAAGUAGAAAGAUGUUUUUUUUGUGUGUUCUGCAGAGAAAGCAACGCGCGUCAGUUUGAAACGACGUGAUGGUUAGUAAAUAACGAUUCCUUUAAGCUGCCUUGAUUCGUCUGAUCGUGAAUCGGAUCAAAACAGGCAUGCGUUCAUACGACUAAAGAGAUGCCCUGUUUAUAUAAUGUGACUUAACAUAUUUAUUUUAACCUAUUUAUGUAGUAUUUUUCGAAGAGUAAUUAAUGGAAUCACGAGGUCUUCAUUUCAGCAUAUAUGUACGUUUGCAGCAUGUUUAAUAGUUUAGCUGGGGCGAAUCAAGAAGACGAAGCCGGGUCACGUCUCACCCGAAAACAUUUUUAGUUGGAAGACACGCUUUUGCAAGUUGUUAUCAUUCGAUAAAUCAAAUGCAUUUUCUGCGUAAUUCUCAUUACCGUCAUGCACAGAAUCCAUAUUACUGUACUCAGAUAUCGAAGUAUUUAUAUUAUACUGCCUUUAAAUUAUGCUGUUUUUUUAUCAUUGUAUUAUAGCCGUUGUUUAAUGCAAAACUGUAUUACAACAGAAACACCCGAACGCAUUCUGGUAAUGAGCAGCAGUCAACAUUUAAAACUAUCAGCAAAAUUGUCUCAAAACAUAAAACCAAGAUGUUUUGAGCCUUUUUGAUCCACUUUAAAUGUUGACUACUGUAUGUAUGCGAUAAAUAAACACACACAUCUCAAAUGAACUAUGUAUUUUUGCGCGCACACAUAAUUUGUUCAUUCCACGUUUCGUUUUGUUUUUUAAGCGUGUGACCGGUUCCGUAAAACGUGUUUCCCAUUUAAGCCCGACUUCUCUUGAACUUGACCCGGCUUUGGUCGUUUCACGAGCAGGUUCUUGAUGCGUUCGCGAGAUUAAUCCAGGUUCCCUCCGCAUUUACAAGAAAUAACACGCUCGUAUGUGAACCUCUAUAUUUAUUAUCUAUGAGUAGUUUUAGGAAGCGUAUACAUUUAAAGUUGAAAUGCUGUUGAAAAGCCAUUAAGUGGAUCUGAUAGCUGUAUGAACUUAAAGGAAGACGCCGUUUAACACGCCUGAGGGGCUCCUUCCGUCUUUCACCUUUUUUUUUUUGUGUGGCGGCGACAUUUAUUCGUCUGGCCACAACAAUGCACUGAUCUUUUUUUUGUUGUUGUUGUUGUUGUCGUGUUUGUUUGGUUCGCCGUUACUGAAGAAGCGAGCUCGUUUUCCCCAGCGUCGCCGAGGGAUCUUCAUGUUUACGUAAAUAGAGGAAGCUCCUCCCCCCUUUGCUCUCCUCCAUUUCCUCUUCCUGUCGGCGUGGCGUUGUCAUGGCAGCGGCUGACAGGACGAACUGAUGUAAAGAAUGUGCAUCUGUACAUAAACGGACUAGAUUCAUUAUUCUGUGAGUGACUUUUGUUGGGGUUUUUUUUAAUUUUCGUCCGUGUUAGUUGAAGCUGCUCCUGAUUUUUUUUUUAUGUCUUACCAAAAAGCGAAAAACCAAAAAAAAUCGACUUAUCAAAGUGUAUGACUGUAGCUUUUAGUGGCGUCUGGCACCGCUGUGUAUAGACCUUUGACCUUGCAAGCGUCCACUGCAUGUGUAAAGCCUGGACAUAGUGAUCACCCUGUCGCCCGAAAGACGCCCCGUCUUGUAAAUAGUGAAUGUUCAGUAUUUGCAACUGGGGUUUUUUUUCCCCUUCCCUUUUCAGUUGGUUUUUACAUUUUAAACCCGAUGUGUGUAUCGUUCUCGUGUGUCCCUCAUGCUCCGGGGCCGACCGGAGCUCUGCAGAUGUAUUAUAUCUGAAUGUCCCAUUAAUAUUCAGCCUAAAAGGUUUCUUUUGUACGUUUCGUUGCUGGGUUUGUUGUACCACUGGAUGUACAAACUGUAAAUGCGAGAGAAGAAGUAGACGUGAGCAGAUUAGGCACAGUGACGGUCAUUCAUUCAUUCAUUCACGUGACACUGUUUUUAGAGAAUAUAUUCACUCUGUUGUUCCUCUGCCUUUACGGUUCGGCCGGCUGUUUUCCCACCAUGUGAAAAGCACAUGCUCAUCUCCAGUGCCUCAGCUGAGAUCAGGACGUCACCCUACUCUGCUUCAGAUGUAACUUAUUGGGCAUGGUUCAAUUUUAAUGGCUUUAUUAAUAAAACAUUCGAAGGUGAAA